AGGUGCGGGUUCUGUAGUGCAGUUUUUCCGUGACACGAGUUCCUUACAGAGCGCAACUGUUGCGUUUUAGGAGCACCAAUUGUAUCGCUCAGGCCCAUGGCCCUCGGGGUCAUAAACAGAAGGCGGCAUAACGGACUUCAGCAGCUUUCAUCGUUAGCAGCAACGGGAAGAACUUUCCUUGGGCCAGUAAAGUCCUCCAAGUUUAUUGUAGAGGAAAGCACGCUGGAGAGUGUCCUCACCUGCUCAGUCAUCAGGCUUCUCGAGAGUUUGGAUUUAACCAGUGCCGUGGGGCAGCUUCUUAACGAAACCGUCCAGGCCCAGAAUAGCACAUACGGAACUGGGACCGGUACCCUGUUGUUUCUGGCUGGGGCCUGGAGCAACGCGGCCCUGGAAUGCAUCCGGCAAGACAUUCCGACUCCCGUGAUCGUGGCAGUGAUGUCGGAGGGACUCUGCUCCUGCGGUGAAGAAAUAAGAUCCCUUCAGGUAACUGUAAGAGAUGUAUGGAGCAGUGUGGAAUCUACAAAGAGCUGUCCAGUUCUCCAAACACCCAGCAGAGCCUCCAUGCUUCUCGGACCCACGGUUACAGAUCGUAGUUUGUUGGAAAAAGGGACCCAGGCAGGGGGAUCUUCCCCAAGGCCACCAGCCACUUGCAGUCUUGAUGGACCGCCGAAAACCCCUUCCAGGACUUCGCACUUGCUCCUUCAGAGUGGCACCGGGGAUAAAGAAGUCUGUGCUAAAAGCAGUUUCCAAACUGCCGGGAGCACGUUGCUCCCGGACCUUUCCAGCAGGAAACCAAGACUAACUCACAGUAGACACUUUAGCAGGGAAACUCACCACCAUUAUCUGACUUACCAACCAGACAGACCUCCAGAGCCCCACAGCGGGGCAGCAGCCAGAUUUAGUGGCUGUGAUGAUUUGGGGCAGCUUGCAGCAGCUCUUAGCCACGGAGACCAAGGCAGUAUGAAAUUAGCGGAAGCAGCGGUCAGAUGCCAACACUGGGCUGUGGCAGUGAGGCCUGGAGGCGGCCCCGGACCGUUUUCAUUUGACAUUUCACGCAUUGUCACCUGCCGUUUGCCCGGUGCCCCGGAGUCCCGGUCUUGUGUCCGUUCGGGAUUUGGGACACUAGUGUCGACUGCUGGCGCAGCAGCGAUUAGGAGGCUUCAGGGCCGGCCUCUUCGGGUUGUUCUCCUGGAUGGCGACCUCACCGAGAGUUAUCGCCAUCUGGGGUUUAGUGGGUCUGGAAACGUGAAGACUGUCUGGGAGAACGGGAGGCGGCACCAGGACAGCACAGAGCCAUGGACCGACCGGGCGCUCGAAGUACUGCUGCAUUACAACGUGAACCUAGUCCUGGUACGAGGUGGCGUCUCUGAAACUCUAAUGGAAAGGUGUCUCUCCAGUGACCAACUGAUCAUUGGCUCGGUGGCUCAGAACGUGCUGCAGGCUUUUGCGGAGGUCACGGGAGGCGUGGUGCUGUCUUAUAUCACACAGGUGGGUCCGGAGUGCGUGGGCAGUGGCGUCUGUGCGCACCUCUGGAGGACGGACCAGACGGACGGGGUGGAACGGGAUGGCAGGGUGGCCAUCCUGUUCACGGCCAAAGGGAUUUCUCUGGUAACCGUUGCGCUCGGGGGUCCCGUCACAGCCCAGAUGCAAACCAAGGAAGAUGGGUUCUGGACCUGCACUCACCGCCUCCACCGGGCUCUGGUCGAUCAGAAGGUCUUCCUCGGAGGUGGGGCGGUUGAAUUCUUGUGCCUCAGCCACCUGCAGAAGCUUGAAGAGCGGUCUUUGAGAAACGGAGACCAACACGAUUUGGGAUGGCGUCCUAAUGCUUCCUCCUGGCAGGCCUCAUCCAUGGCCCUGUAUAGGCCUGCCGUGCUCAGAUCUCUGGCAAGCGGGUGGCACAAGUACCUUGCUGCUAUCAUGUGUAACACUGCUAAUUUCCCCUCCGAGUUUGAAGCCAGCACGUUCAUCGACCACCAUCUCCAAAAAGCCACCAGCUAUAGGUCUCCGUUAUCUUACAUUCUGAGUCAUUAUGGCCAGCUAAUUAGCGGAGUGUUUCAAUCCGGAAUUCUGGGUGAAUUGGGGGAGCUGGGGAGGAUUUACGACAACGUCACCCCAAAGUUGGAAGCCUGGCGCAGAGCCCUGGACUUGGUGCUCUUGGUGCUCCAGACUGACACUGAAAUCAUCUCCGGGUUUGAGAGCACACGAUUAAAUUCACCGGCGUCGACGGAAUUUUUGUUUUUGUAGUUUUGCCCGAUUAUAAGCCCUUGGAAAAUAGUUAUUUGUAAAGAGUCCAUCCCAUAUCAGAAUCCAAGAUCCUGUCCAAAGAAUCUUUAAGAAAACAAACGAUCCGGAGAAAAACAAUCCACAUCCUCAGUUGGACUGGGAUGUGAGAAGGAACAGCAGAGUAUGGACCACAAAGUGCUUUAUUUGGAGAGGAAUGAGGAUGUCCAUUUGUUCCCCUCCGAUGUCUAUGGGCCUUUCUUCUCCGGUGGCAAAAGUGACG